CGGAAAUCGUCUUGACUCCUCCUUGAAAAAAAAGAAAAAAAAACCUUGUGAGCCGCGUUGGCGCUUCCUCAGUGACAGAGCUGUAAAUUCGGCUGGGGUGUUGAGAGCAGUCUUCGCGGGCUGGGCAUGUUGAGGUAGAUUAUCAGGCUUCUACCAUGGACACAGAGAUGAUGCCAAAAUUCACCUCAAAAGAUGAGGAAAUUGAAUACUGGAAAAAUUUGUCCCUCAAGUACCAGAAAAGUUAUAAUGAUGCCCAGGAGGAGUUGCAAGAGUUCCAGGAGGGCAGCCGUGAGUUGGAGGCAGAGCUGGAGGCUCAGCUUGGCCAGGCCGAACACCGCAUCCGCGACCUGCAGGCUGAAAAUCAACGGCUGAAAAGUGAGGUGGAUAACCUGAAGGAGAAACUGGAGCAGCAGUACGCACAGAGCUAUAAGCAGAUCUCCAUGCUGGAGGAUGACCUGGGCCAGACACGCUGCAUUAAGGAGCAGCUGCACAAAUACGUCAGGGAACUCGAGCAGGCCAAUGAUGACCUAGAGAGGGCCAAAAGGGCGACAAUUACAUCCCUGGAGGACUUUGAGCAGCGGUUGAACCAGGCCAUAGAGAGAAAUGCCUUCCUUGAGAGUGAGCUGGAUGAAAAGGAGUCUCUGCUGGUGUCUGUGCAGAGGCUAAAAGACGAGGCCAGAGACCUAAGGCAAGAGCUAGCUGUGAGGGAAAGAGCCUCAGAUUCCACCAGAAUGUCAGCGCCCAGCUCUCCGACACUGGACACUGACAAAAUGGAUACAGCUGUUCAAGCCUCCCUUUCCCUUCCAGCUACACCAGUGGGAAAAACAAUAGACCAUCCUUUCGUGAAUCAGAAAGUGUUGACCACUGGUUGUGGAAACUCUCCACUCACCCCCUCUGCAAGGAUCUCUGCUCUCAACAUUGUUGGUGAUCUGCUGCGGAAAGUUGGGGCCCUGGAGUCCAAGCUGGCUGCCUGUAGGAAUUUUGCCAAAGAUCAGGCAGCAAGGAAAAACUACACAGAAAACGGGAACCUGAUAAAUAGCAAUGCCACCAAGUUCUCUCAUUCUCUUCACACAACGUACUUUGAUAAAACGACUAUGAAUGGCCUGGAUCCUGGCGCUCUGAGUGCAAUCACAUCACAGCGAAACGUGUCCCCUCCCGGCAUGCUACCACUCAGCGUGUGAAAGAACCACAGCUGCCUCCACAAAAAAAACCAUGGACAGCAUGGAAACAAAACGGAAAGGACAUUGGGAAACCCUGCCACUCUGUGUGUUUGUGUGUACGAGUGUGACGCAGAGUCUCGUGUGUGUGUGUCUGGCAGAUGCAUGUCGGACACUAGGGCACGUGUGACUCUGUUGGCUGAGCCCAGUUCUUCAGAGCUCUCAUUUUUCACUUUGCCUGUUUUGUUUUACUUGAAGCCAGAGAAAUGACAAAGUGGCCCAAACAGGCCCCUGCUUCUUUUUUGGCUUAUGUUGUUGCACAAAUGAAGAAAAUUUUUGUUUAAAAAAAAAAAAAAAAAAUGGUUAAAUGGGAUUUUGUUUUAGGUCAGAAAUAUAUUUGAGGUUGGGUGGCUGUGUGUACACAUCCGAGAAGCAGCAAUGGAAAAGAUCAGCGACGCAUACAGCAUAUACCUCUUUAACUGAAUUCUAUGUUGUUUGCAUUCAGAGUCACAUUCUAAUUAGAUUAUUUUCUACUGAGAGCGGUGGGGGGUUGACCUGGAAUGUACUGUUUCGGCCGUUCAAAACAACAUGGAAAGAUCCCCUACUCUCAAUAGUGGCCCUUUGAAUUAUUCACGUGUGUGUCUCUGCUUUGUAUGCUGCUUCAGCAGGCUGGUUGGAUAGCUACUGACAUAGAAAACCUCACUGUCCCUAUAUUAGCUUUAGACAGUUUGUGCAACAAAUGAUCUGAUAAUUCCAACUACAGCACGUUAAACACCUAUUCUCAGUAGUACAUGUUUAACAUUACUCCAGCCAGCAUCCUAGCUUAGAAUGGUUAUAAUAAAGAUGAUACUGUUUUAUCUCUAGAACAUUAUAUGGCUAUGUAAACUGGUUAUGAUGAGGUGUUGUCAGUUGAAGUACAUUGGUUGAGGAAUUGUUAGUGGCUGUGUUAACCUCAUCUCUGUCUCAUGCUUCUUGACAUUGCUGGUUGGUUUGACCUUCACUGUUAAUUUAUUUCAUUCACAGGUCUGUGCUUCUGACGGUUGUUUCUGUUUUUCAGUUCAGCUUGCCUGUACCAGCACUUUGUAAACCACACAAUGUUGGAGCACUUUUUUUGCCCUUUAGUAUUUAAUUUCACACAGUAUAUUAAGUUAUUGAGCACUCUAUUGACUCUGCAUUGUCACAUGUAUAUAAGAUUGUAAGCAUUAAAAGUUUGCCCAGGCAAUUUGUACAUAUCAA